CGACAACCUUACUUCUCAAUUCUCACUUUGCACAACAUGCUCCUGGCGAACAUCUUCGCAGCGGCCGCUCUGGUCAGCGCCGCCUUCGCUGCUCCUUCCAACAAAGAGACGAGACAAAACAGGAAGAUGAAGUGGUUCGGCAUCAACGAAUCUGGCGCUGAAUUCGGCGAGUCAGUCUUACCAGGAACGUACGGCAAAGAGUACAUCUGGUAUGAUCUCAAUACCAUCGAUCAAUUCAUCGCUCAAGGCAUGAAUAUGUUUCGUCUGAACUUCCUGAUGGAGCGUCUGACACCCAACUCGCUCACAGGAGCUUUCGACAAAGCCUACCUUGGAAACCUCACCCAACAAGUAAACUACAUCACCUCGAAAGGCGCUUAUGCCAUGGUGCAACCCCACAACUACGGCCGCUUCUACGGCAACGUCAUCACCGAUACCGCGGGCUUCAAGACCUGGUGGAAAAAUGUUGCUACACAGUACAAAGACAACGCACUCGUCGUCUUCGACACAAACAACGAAUACCAUGAUAUGGACCAGCAGCUUGUCUUCAACCUCAACCAAGCCGCCAUCGACGGUAUCCGCGCUGCUGGCGCAAAGAAACAGUACAUCACUCCUGAAGGUAACUCCUGGACCGGUGCAUGGACAUGGGUGUCCUCCGGUAACGCCGCAUCCCUUGUCAGUCUCACGGACCCCCAGAACAAACUGGUUUACCAAAUGCACCAAUACCUCGACAGCGACGGCUCCGGCACAAGCGACGUCUGUGUCUCUGCCACCAUAUUCCGCGAGCGUCUCCAGGCAGCGACGAAGUGGCUCAAGGACAACAAGAAGCAGGGCGUUAUUGGCGAGUUUGCGAGUGGAAACAACACGCAGUGCAUCGCGGCACUCAAGGAUGGACUGAGCUAUCUCGGGCAGAACACGGAUGUUUGGUUUGGUGGAAUAUGGUGGGCAGCGGGCCCUUGGUGGGCAGACUACAUUUACAGCAUGGAGCCCACAACAGGCGUGGCCUGGAAGAGCAUCUUACCUCAGAUCAAGUCCUAUUUCGUCUAGACGAUAUGGGAGUCGAGUGGAGGUCUGGUAUCUUAGGGGGUUGAUGGACAGCUUACUUUCUUCUAUUUAUGCGCUUGCGCUGAUAUUUAUCGCG